GUCUCGUCCCAAAACCUCUCCAGUCCUUGCUCCAUUCGCCCGCAGCAAUGCCCACAGGGCGAAUCCGCUGCUAGAUUGGCCAGCGUGCCGACUAAUUUCGGUGGCAGUCUUACCAAAAAGGUGAUGCGGCCGCUCUGCGCCGAAAAAUUCACCAUUCGCCAUGCUGAUGCGCUGAGUUCUGCGCAUGCAAAGGUAUACGCCCGAUAUGCGCGGAAAUUUUCGGCACAAUCCCGCCACUACGCCGGACAUAUUCGGCAUAUUGUGUAUUUUUUACUUACCACCUAUCACCCACCCCACCUACCUAAUAUACGACCUCUCGUGCAGUCUUUUUCGUUUUCAGUACCUACGAUUCAAACUGAUUCAAACCACAUUACGCACUGAAACGUACAAUUUUGAAUUCAAUGGAUUCAGCCGAUUCAGCCGCUUCUGCCGCUGAUUUUCGUCAACAUGAGGACUGCUACAUUUUCAAGCUUAUUCAGGAAAGGCUACAGGCGCAAUGUCUAUAGCUGAGUAUCCCAAGCCACGCAGGGAUGAAACCUGUGUUGAAGAGCUACAUGGCCACAAGGUGGUCGACCCAUACCGCUGGAUGGAGGACGCCGACGCGCCGGAGACCAAGGCCUUCGUGGACGCACAGAACCGGCUCACCAUGCCCUACAUCCAGUCCUGUCCGCACCGCGAGAAACUGCGCGACACGCUCAAAACCAUGAUGGACUUCCCCAAGAUCGGCUGUCCGUUCAAACGCGGUGACCGCUAUUUUUACUUUUACAACAGUGGUCUUCAAAAUCAAAGUGUGCUGCACGUGCAGGACUCGCUGGACGCCGAGCCGCGGGUGUUCGUCGACCCGAACCUGUUCUCCGAGGACGGUACCGUGGCGCUCACCAACAGCGCCUUCAGCGAGGACGGCGCCACGUUCGCGUACGGCCUCAGCACCAGCGGCUCCGACUGGAACAAAAUUCACUUCCGUUGUGUCGAAACGGGAAAGGAUUAUCCUGAAGUUUUAGAAAAAGUCAAGUUUUCGUCCAUUGCAUGGACACAUGACAACAAAGGAAUUUUCUACGGGCGUUUUAACCAGGAGGGCACGACGGACGGCUCCGAGACGACGUCGAACCUCAACCAGAAGCUGUACUACCACCGGCUGGGCACGGACCAGUCAGAGGACGUGCUCUGCGUCCAGUUCACCGAUCACCCCAAGUGGCGGAUCGGUGCCGAGGUGAGCGACUGCGGCCGCUACCUGAUCCUGCUGCUCUCAGAGGGCUGCAAGGACAACAUGGUCUACUACGUGGACCUGCAGGGUCUCCCCGAGGACGGGCCCCGCGGCCUGCUCUCGCCUGUCUGCAUCGUCGACAAGUUCGAGGCCGACUAUGAGUACGUGACCAACACGGGUCCGGUGGUGGUGUUCCGCACCAACAAGUCGGCGCCCAACUAUCACCUGGUGACGUUCGACCUGGAGGAUCCGGCCGCCGGCUGGAGCGUGCUGCUGCCCGAGCACUCGCAGGACGUGCUCGACUGGGCCGCGUGCGUCAACACCGACCGUCUGGUCGUCUGCUACAUGCACGAUGUCAAGAACAUCCUGCAGUUGCACAGCCUGUCCUCGGGCGAGAAGCUGUCCACGUUCCCGCUCCAGGUGGGCACCGUGGUCGGCUACUCGGGCAAAAAGAAGGACACGGCCAUCUUCUACAAGUUCACGUCGUUCCUCUCGCCGGGUAUCAUCUACCGGUGCGAGCUGAACCGACCCACCAUCAAACCCGAGGUGUUCAAGGAGAUCUCGGUGGCGGGCUUCAACCCGUCCGAGUUCGAGUGCUACCAGGUGUUCUACUCGAGCAAGGACGGCACCAAGAUCCCCAUGUUCAUCAUGCACAAGAAGGGUCUGGUGAAGGACGGCACGGCGCCGUGCCUGCUGUACGCCUACGGCGGAUUCAACAUCAGCAUCACACCCACGUUCAGCGUCUCCAAGCUGGUGUUUGUGCAGCACCUGAACGGCGUGUUCGCGCUGCCCAACAUCCGCGGCGGCGGCGAGUACGGCGAGCGCUGGCACAACGCCGGCCGGCUCUUCAACAAACAAAACUGCUUCGACGACUUUGCGUGCGCGGCCGAGUACCUGGUGCGCGAGCGGUACACGAGCUCGCACCUGGUGAGCUGCGAGGGCGGCUCCAACGGCGGCCUGCUGGUCGGCGCCGUGGUCAACCAGCGGCCGGAGCUGUUCGGCGCCGCCAUCGCGCACGUCGGCGUCAUGGACAUGCUGCGCUUCCACAAGUUCACCAUCGGCUACGCCUGGGUCACCGACUUCGGCAACCCGGACGAGAAGGAACACUUUGAGAACAUCAUCAAGUACUCGCCGCUGCACAACAUCCGAAAACCGACCGGUGACGCCAAACAGUACCCGGCGACGCUGUUGCUCACGGCCGACCACGAUGACCGUGUGGUGCCGCUGCACUCGCUCAAGUACAUCGCCGAGCUGCAGCACACGCUGGGUGGCGCGCCCGGCCAGACGAACCCGCUGCUCAUCCGAGUGGACACCAAGGCCGGCCACGGCGCCGGCAAGCCCACCGCCAAACAGAUCGAUGAGUGUAGCGACAUCUACUGUUUCAUCAUCCAAGCGCUUGGACUGCAGGUCCAGUAACUACCUCGCCCGCGUGCUCUGCCAAUGGUACAACCGCCUAGCCAGCUCCGACAUACAGUGUAUCUAGGGUACAGUCUGCCUCCAGCCCCCGGCGCGCGCGCACACACAAACAUCCAGCUCCACACCAGCGGCGGCGGCUCCGGCCCGCCGCUGACCGGCAGGCCACCUCAGUCCAGCGCCGCCCGCGCGCGCCCAGCGCUGGCGGCCGCUUCAUUUUAUUGUUGACUCUUACGUCCUUGAUUUUGUUUUAUGUUGAUUUUUAUUGUUUGUCCCACCCGGGGCCGGCGUCCCGGGCCGUUUUGCUCAAGGUAUUCACUCUGCGUGGCAGUUGACGUUCUGCCAAUGGUUUCCUACACAUGAGCGCACGGCGGGACGGACACCGAACAACGCGCCGUGUGUCCGAUUGUCGCUUUUCGUAAUACCUCGGGUCCGCUAUUGUACCGCGUGAUUCACGCGGUACGGGCCGCCCAAGCAGCUGCUAAUGUCACUGUUAACUCAUGAUCAAUAUACGUAUCAUUGAUGGCCGCGGACGGGUUUCACAUAGAUGCUUUGCUGGUAGUUCCGUCGCGACUUAGAUGUUGUGUGGCGUAUGCGUUGGGACGUACGAAGCGCACUAACCCGCGGCCUGGUGUUUUUCAGUUUUGUUUCGAUUACCGUAUGACUUACAAGAUUGCAUGUCGAUUGGGAUGUCUGUCGAUGUUGGGACCUGUCAAGAUGUGCAGCGUUGGUGCAUGUGUCGUUUUGUCAAUUGCCAUGGAGUCUUAAAACCGAAACACGGGUUCUGAAUGUGAUUUUCAACUACUGAUAUUCACAUGACAUAUAAAGCCCCGUCGCCCCGUGGUCGUGUGUUUCAUUAUGCGCUUGGAGGUUCAUUGCACUGCAUAAACACACACGGCGAGUG